UAUUUAAUUAUGAUCAAUAUAGUCGUUGACUUAUCAAUUUCCUAUAUUCAUUAACCUCUCCAUCUCCAUCUCCAUCUUCUCCAUAGCAGAAUUAGCUAUAGCUUCUUUUGAAGAGCAGUCAUGGAUAGAGAACAAGAAGAGAUGCAAUUUCUUGGGCUUUUUGGCAUCUACAAAGAAGCCUACAAGGUGAUCUUCACAUGGAGAAAAAUCUUCAGCCAGAUCACUGUCUCCUUAAUCCUCCCUCUAUCUUUCAUCUUCUUAGCCCACAUGGAAAUCUCCAAUCUCCUCUACAGAAAAAUCAUCCACACCGAAAUUCAACUGUACGAAACUCGAGCUGGCACUUCGAAAUCCGACAAGCUCUCUCAGGUCAUCUCCACUGAAAAGGCUUAUUUCUGGCUUUUCCAAGCUGCAUACUUUACUUUCUACCUCGCCCUAUCGCUCCUUUCGACCGCGGCCGUCGUUUACACCAUCGCCUGUAUUUACUCCGGCAAAGAAGUGAGCUUCAAGAAGGUUUUGAGCGUCGUCCCUAAGGUUUGGAAGCGACUUAUGGUCACUUUUAUUUGUAGUUUCGUUACUUUCUUUGUGUACAACGUUUUUGCAUUUUUAAUUGUCGUUGUUUGGUGGCAUUCGAUUGGCUUUACAAGCGUUGGAAUGCCAGUUUUCUGGGUUAUUUUUAUCUUUUACUUGGUGGGAUCUUUUUAUUUGACCAUAAUUUGGCAUUUGGCGAGCGUUGUGUCUGUGUUGGAAGAGUCCUGUGGAUUUCCUGCCAUGAUGAAGAGCCAGGCAUUGAUUAAAGGAAAAUUGGUGGUGGCGUCGGUAAUCGUCAUCACGCUGAAUGGUUCUCUUUAUCUCAUUCGAAGAGUUUUUCAGCAUCUAGUUGUGCAUGGAUGGAGACUGGCCAUGGUGAGCAGGAUUUCAUAUGGGAUACUUUGUUUCUUGUUACUUUUCAAGUUGAUUUUGUUCGGCCUCGUCAUCCAAACGGUGAUCUACUUCGUCUGCAAAUCGUAUCACCAUGAAAAUAUAGACAAAUCAGCUCUAUCGGAUCACCUCGAAGUUUAUCUAGGAGAAUAUGUUCCUUUGAAAUCAAAGGAUGUCCAGCUUGAACAAUUUGAUAUAUGAUCGUGUAUAAGUCAAGAAUUAUAUUAUUAUUCGCAUGUAAUAAGAAGUGUUUUAUAAUCAGAACGUGGCGAGAACUAUAGCAUAUGUUUAUGUAUUAUUUUGAUU